UUCAUUAGGAGAAAUUUUUCAGUGCCGGAUGAGUACCAUGUGGUAUCGCUCGACACAUCCGAACAGUCUAAUGCGAUUUUGGGCGGCUCGGAUUUGGAAAGAAAAUGAGAGAGAAAGAGGAGGGGUGAGAGGACAGAGAAAAUUUCAAUCUGAACCGUUCAAAAGUUCAUCGAACGACUCAAGAGUGUCCAGCGGGCACCACGUGAGAUAUAUCCGCUCCCCCCACUGAAAAAUUUCCCAGAGAGUAGAUUCGAAAGCAGCUGAAAGUCAGACACUAGGGCCAGGACUGGCUCCCACACGUCCCCGUUCUUUUAUGAGUAAAAAAUAAAAUAAACGAGAGCACCAAGCCAUGUGGGAAUACCGGUGGUGGUGGGGACACGACAAGCACAAGACCCAACCCCACCACCAGUACCACCGCCUCUUGAUCCUCCAGAACGACGUCGAUGAGGAGUCCCUCGACUUCAACCACGAUCCGACCGCCACGCUCGCGUCGGCCGCAAUGGUCCUCACCACCUGGCUUCGCCGCCGCCGCAGACGAAACCUUCUCCUCCUCGCCCUCUUCUUCCCCCUCCUCCUCCCCUUCAUCUGCGCCGCCUUCCCCCUCCUCUGCGCCCUCGAGCUCUGCCUCCGCCUCCUCCGCCGCCGCCGUCGUCGGAUAAGGAAACCGGUCUCCGAUGGGCCGGGCCGGUGCGAGCAGGGACGGGGAGAGUUUACGGAGAGCGAAGUUGGCGGUGAAGUGAGGGUGUUGUUGCAGAGGUACCUGGAAGAUCAGCUGGUGCUCGUUGUUGGAUCCGUGUACGAUUGCGGUGACGACGAUGAUUUUUGUUCCGGUGAUGACUUGCUGGAAGAUUGUGAAUGUUUUGAUAGCUUGAAUCCGGUUUGACGAUGAUCGGAUCUGUAUGUUCGUGUUGUUGAUUUCCAAUCUGUACAUUAGUUGACAAUUGGACAUUGGAAUUUGAAGUUUUUUUUUUUAUUUACUAUUUUAAUCUGCGCGACUGUGUAAAUUGAAUUUUGAUGUUGAUGUCUUCAGUGAAACUUCUACAUUUGUUUCUA